AAAAUUUCAACCAUUACUCAGUGCCAUUGGACUCCGAGCGAGAGAUCAAGCAGUGAAGGUGCUUCACACAGUUUAAUCGCAAGAUGGGAGAGCUGGUUACUGAGAAACAUGUUCAAUAUAUAUUGUCAGUUGAAAAGAGGAAAGAUGAUUUUGAAUCUGUGGUAAUGGAGCAUCUAAGAAUGAAUGGCGCAUACUGGGGAUUGACUGCUCUGGAUAUUAUGGGAAAGCUUGACACUGUGGAUGUUGAUGAGGUUGUUUCAUGGGUGUUGAGUUGUCAGCACGAGUCAGGGGGAUUUGGUGGAAAUGUUGGACACGACCCACACAUCCUGUAUACACUAAGUGCUGUGCAGGUUCUGGCUCUCUUUGAUAAGCUGGAUGUUAUUGAUGUAGAUAAAGUGACAAAUUAUAUUGUCAGUCUGCAAAAUGAAGAUGGAUCUUUUUCAGGGGAUAUGUGGGGUGAAGUUGAUACGCGGUUCUCUUAUAUUGCUAUUUGUUGUCUAUCAAUAUUACAUCACUUGGAUAAAAUCAAUGUGGAGAAGGCUGUGAAGUACAUUAUAAGUUGCAAAAAUAUGGAUGGUGGUUUUGGUUGCACACCCGGUGGGGAAUCUCAUGCUGGACAAAUUUUCUGUUGUGUGGGGGCCCUUGCUAUAGCAGGGUCACUUGAUCUUGUUGACAAGGACCUACUUGGUUGGUGGUUAUGUGAGCGACAAGUUAAAUCUGGAGGUCUGAACGGGCGUCCUGAGAAACUACCUGAUGUGUGCUACUCAUGGUGGGUUCUUUCUAGCCUGAUCAUGAUUGAUAGGGUUCAUUGGAUCAGUAAGGAGAAGCUUAUAAAGUUUAUCUUAGACUGCCAGGACACAGAAAAUGGUGGAAUUUCAGACAGGCCAGAUGAUGCCGUGGACGUCUUUCAUACAUACUUCGGGGUGGCUGGACUUUCACUUCUUGAAUAUCCAGGAUUGAAACCGAUUGAUCCAGCUUAUGCUUUACCGGUUGAUGUUGUAAACAGGAUUUUCUUUGAUAAAUAGGGACUUGAAGUUCAACGACAGUAAUCCAGUUGCGACAAGUUCUUGAGUUUAGACUCACUCUUCGGAGUUGGAUAUAAU